AUGGGAUCACGUGACAUAAUUACCACUAGAAUCAAUCAAGAUGAAUUGCACGUCAGCACACGUUCAGGGUUUUUUCUUAGUUGAUGCUGUCCAAGCCCUCUUGAGCAAUAGAUGGAUCUUGUUCAAUGCAGUGAAAUCUCCUUGUUGCUUUCUAUCGCAAAAAGGGAGACAUGACUGAGUUUGAGAAUUGCAACAACAGUGCAUCUAGCAACAUGUAUCUGCCUGGCUGUGCAUACUAUGUAUCUCCAUCGGAUUUCUCCACCAAGUCAUCGUUCCUGUCCCAGUCCUCUUCUUGCCCCAUGACUUUCUCCUACUCCUCCAAUUUAACUCAUGUGCAACCUGUGAGGGAAGUGGCUUUCAGGGAUUAUGGACUCGAGCGCAGCAAGUGGCAGUACAGGGGUACCUACCCCUCCUAUUACCCCAGUGAGGAGGUGAUGCACAGGGACCUGAUCCAGCCUGGGAAUAGGAGGUCUGAUGUUCUCUUCAAGUCAGACUCAGUCUGCAGCCACCAUGGCUCCUCCACUGCCCCCUCUAACUUCUACAGCCCAGUGGGGAGGAAUGGGAUCCUUCCUCAGGGUUUCGACCAGUUUUAUGAUUCCUCACAAACCUCAUCCUACCAGAUGGACAUGGAGGAACAAUCAGCUAAGUCUGAGCUCAAACCUUCCAACAACCCUGCCAGUAAAAUGACUUCUUCCCAGGACAAGAAAGUGACAAGCGACCAUCACAGCCCCGGUUCGUCCCCUUCUCGAGAGGCUUCAGCAGAGAAAAGCAACACUUCAGCUACCCAGCGACUAAGGAAAAAAAGAUGCCCCUAUAGUAAAUACCAGAUCAGGGAGCUGGAACGGGAGUUUUUCUUUAAUGUGUACAUUAAUAAGGAGAAGAGGUUACAACUGUCUAGGAUGCUAAACCUCACUGAUCGCCAAGUGAAAAUCUGGUUCCAGAACCGAAGGAUGAAGGAAAAGAAACUCAAUAGAGAUCGACUGCAAUAUUUCACCGGAAACCCUCUGUUUUGAGAUGUGACUACACAAGUGUAUCAAACAAUUACACAGGGAGUUCAACUUUUAUCAUUUUUACUUGGACCUUGAAAUGCCAUCAGAGGAUUUGCAAAUCUCGGGAGGAUGCCUUUCUUGGUAAGGAAGGCUAUUGAAAACGUCACUUAAUGGUACAACCAAUGAUCUGGUUUUCUCUCAAUCAGUAACACUGAAUAUACAGUAUUAG